CUAGCGCCACUAUAAUAUACAGAACGUUUACGUUCUUGUGAGAAUAAACAUUUAGCACUCGUAUUUCCUACAGAUUCUGUGAUUAUAAAUUGCUAAUACUGUAUUGAAAUUAAACAAUGGAUUCAUUGCGUGAGCAAGUUAUGAUUAAUCAAUUUGUGUUAGCGGCUGGUUGUGCUAGAGAACAAGCGAAACAGCUUUUGCAGGCUGCUCACUGGCAGUUUGAGACAGCACUAUCAAUAUUCUUCCAAGAAGUGGCCAUCCCUUCAGCAAAUGGCAUUGCUGCACAACACUAUCCUCAGCAAUUGAUGACGCCUUGUAAUACACCAGCGACACCACCUAACUUCCCCGAUGCACUCGCAGCAUUCUCAAGGCUCUCAACGACGGGCAGUCCUAGUAACGCGGGGGGCGGCGGCGUCAGUGGUAUGGCGCCGCCGGUGUCACCUCUCGCCACGCAUCCCCCCGCACAAAUGCAAAUCAACACAUUCACCUCUUCUUCAAAUCAGCAGACUAAUUACGCACCACUCUCUUGCUCAACCGCAGUGUGCAGAGAACAUAUGCCAAGAUAAAUUGAAAAUUUAGGUUAGGACCAUCUGUAAUUUAUUUUUCUAAUGGUGCGCGAUUUGAGCUGUGGAUUUUUGAUCAUUAUUUCCGACACCCCAAAGCAGCUAUAGUUCGCUGGGUAAUAUAGGGGUGUUAUAGUCAAUCAUGUUAAACAAAAUAUUGUCACUGUUCUUAUAGUGGUUUUUAAACAAAUUGCACUAUGAUGUUUGUGUUACAGUUUUUGAUACCUAUUAGGAACCUAUUACUACGAUUAUUAUUGUAAACUAAUGGUAUCAGACUAUUUAGUGGUAUUUAAUAAUAAUUAUGAAUGUAUUAUAAUAAUAAAAAGAAAAUUGUUAUUUUUUCGUUAUACUGUCGUUCUUUUCUAUACAUAAUGUAUAAUGUUAGUUAAAUCAAAUUGAAGUUCUGAUUGUAUUAUAUUCAGUAUACAUGUAUUAUACACAGCUUCAUAAAAGACAAUAUUAUGAAUGUAAUUAAAGUGAUACAUUAAGACAAAA